AGGGAAAGGCAGGGACAGGCUUGCCCAAGUGCAGCUGUUGCACCCAGGAGAAAGCAGCCAGCAUACAGAGCGCCUGACAGGAGAGCGGGUGCUGUGCACUGAACAAUGUGCCCAGGGUCUGCCACUCACACCCUGUUGCUUCCUGGCCUCCCCCCAGAGAACCACCACCACAGCUUCCAGAGACAGGCAGAGCUCUGACUGUCCUGAGGAGGGGAAGAUGGAUGAGGAAACAACAGGCGACUCUGAGACCUUGCUGGAAACGCCAGGGCCGGCUGAGCUGAGGAAACCGGUGCUCUUCAGAACUUACAGGCGGCGAUGGUUCCUGCUGGUGGUGGUCUGCCUGCUGAACUGCUCCAAUGCCAUGCUAUGGCUGACGUUUGCUCCAGUGGCUGACAAAACAGCAGCCUACUUCCACGUCUCCAUGGAUACGAUUAACUGGCUGUCCCUGGUGUACCUUCUCAUAUCUAUCCCGUUUGGACUGGUGGCCACCUGGAUUCUCGACACCGUGGGACUCAAGUGUGCUGUGAUACUUAGUGCCUGGCUGAACAUGGUUGGGAGCGUCAUCCGGACUUUCAGCGUCAUCAGCUUCCUGAGUCUGGGAUCCCUGACCUACACGUACCUGUUCAUAGGACAGUGCCUCUGUGCUCUGGCUCAGCCGCUUGUCAUUUUUGCUCCAACAAAACUAGCGGCCCUGUGGUUCCCAGACCACCAGAGAGCUACAGCAAAUAUGAUCUCUUCAAUGUCUAAUCCCUUGGGAAUUCUUCUCGCUAACUUGCUGUCCCCUACACUUGUGUCUGAAGAAAAAGAUAUACCACUGAUGCUUGGACUGUACGCCAUCCCUGCAGUUACAGCCUGCAUCCUAGCCACGGUUGGUGUUCACGACAAGGUCCCUCCAACUCCACCAUCAGCAAGCGCCACUCAUUCUACCUCGCAGCCAUUUUUCAAAGGCUUGAAAAUGCUUCUGAGAAAUAAACCAUACGUCAUCCUGAUGGUCUGUUUUGGAGCAGGGAUUGGGAUGUUCACCUGCUUUUCGGCUCUUCUGGAACAGAUCCUGUGUGUAAGGGGGUAUUCAAAUUUCUUUGCAGGCCUGAAUGGUGCGUUGUUCACGGUGUUUGGGUUACUUGGCGCUUUCCUUCUGGGACUGUACGUCGACAAGACCAGAAAAUUUAUAGAAUCCACCAAGGUCUGUUUCUGCCUGACUGCGCUAGCCAGCAUCGCAUUUGCAGUCAUGUCUCAGUUCAGGAACCAGGCCGUUCCACUGGCUCUGAUCAGCUCGCUGUUUGGGUUCUUUGGAUUUUCUAUCUACCCUGUUGCUAUGGAGCUAGCGGUGGAAUGCUCCUACCCGGUGGGAGAGGGAACAUCCACAGGCCUCAUUUUUGUUUCAAGUCAGAUCCAAGGAGUGAUCCUAAUGCUGCUAUUGCAAGCCCUCACAGUGCAGAUUUCUGCAGCUCCAUUCUCCACCUGUGACAUUGAGGAAGGUGGAGCAUUAGACUGGACAGUUUCCACACUGGUGAUGGCUGGAGCAUGCAGUGUUGUAGCCUGCUUCUAUGUCAUCUUCUUCCACACCGACUACAAGAGACUCCGUGCCGAAGCAUCGAAUGCCGCCUCAAUCAACAAAAUUGGAACCGAAGCAACAGCUCCUGAAGCCUAAAAUGUCUUACUUACAACUGUACACUAGCACACUGGGGAAAACAGACUAAUCUCUGUGGGAAAAGGCCAGUCACACCUGUGCAUUCAGCUCGCACGCUGGGGCCCUGCGCCUGGUAUGGAUCUUAUAGGUGCUACCACAAUACAAGUGCUACUCCAAGUUUGACGACAGAGGGGCUGGAACGUCGUCCGGUCUUGCGGUUC